UGGCUGCAGGGCGGGGCGGGGGCAGGGUCCGCGGCGGGGGAGCCGCGCCGGCCGUGGGGUCCCAGAGCCCUAGUGAGUUACUGCCGCUUCAGGAGCUGAGAGGAGCAGGGAGCAUGGAACUGCAGGAUCCCAAGAUGAACGGAGCCCUCCCUGCGGAUGCUCUGGGCUACAGGCAGGAACGGGAAGGCUUCCUGCCCAGCCAUCCUCCUGCUCCUGGGAGGAAGCCAGUCGAGUUCAUGGAUUUUGAGGGGAAGACGUCAUUUGGAAUGUCAGUGUUCAAUCUCAGCAACGCCAUCAUGGGCAGUGGCGUCCUGGGGCUGGCCUAUGCCAUGGCCCACACCGGGGUCAUCUUCUUCUUGGCCCUGCUGUUAUGCAUCGCACUUCUGUCUUCAUACUCCAUCCAUCUCCUGCUGACCUGUGCUGGUGUUGUAGGCAUCCGAGCCUAUGAGCAGCUGGGACAGAGGGCGCUGGGGCCUGCAGGGAAGGUAGUGGUAGCGGCGGUCAUCUGUCUGCACAAUGUUGGGGCCAUGUCCAGUUACCUGUUCAUCAUCAAAUCCGAACUCCCCCUGGUUAUCGGCACCUUCUUGGACAUGGACCCUGAGGGGGGCUGGUUCUUGAAGGGAAACCUCCUCAUCAUCAUUGUCAGUGUGUUAAUCAUCCUGCCACUGGCCCUCAUGAGACACUUGGGCUACCUGGGGUAUACCAGUGGUCUCUCUUUGACCUGUAUGCUGUUUUUCCUCAUUUCGGUCAUCUACAAGAAGUUCCAGCUUGGCUGUGCUGUAGGUCUCAAUGAAACGGCAGUGGAGAGCAAGAGCCCCCCAGGCCUUCCCAUCCAGGGUCUCAACAGGAGCUGUGAGGCCCAGAUGUUCACUGUUGACUCCCAGAUGUUCUACACGGUGCCCAUCAUGGCUUUUGCCUUCGUCUGCCAUCCCGAGGUGCUCCCCAUCUACACAGAGCUCUGUCGGCCCUCCAAGCACAGAAUGCAAGCGGUGGCCAAUGUGUCCAUUGGGGCCAUGUUCUGCAUGUAUGGGCUCACGGCGACCUUUGGAUACCUCACCUUCUACAAUAGCGUGGAGGCGGAGAUGCUGCACAUGUACAGCCAGCAAGACCUGCUCAUCCUCUGUGUGCGCCUGGCGGUACUGCUUGCGGUGACUCUUACUGUGCCGGUCGUGCUGUUCCCUAUCCGCCGGGCCCUGCAGCAGCUGCUCUUCCCAAGCAGGGACUUCAGCUGGCCACGACAUGUGGCCAUAGCCCUGAUCCUGCUUGUCUUGGUCAAUGUUCUUGUCAUUUGCGUGCCGACCAUCCGGGAUAUCUUUGGGGUUAUUGGGUCCACCUCGGCCCCCAGCCUCAUCUUCAUCCUGCCUAGCAUCUUCUACCUCCGCAUCGUGCCAUCUGAAGUGGAGCCCCUCUGCUCCUGGCCCAAGAUCCAGGCUCUGUGUUUUGGUCUCCUGGGGGUCCUCUUCAUGGCAAUCAGUCUAGGCUUUAUGUUUGCCAACUGGGCCACGGGCCAGAGCCAUGUGUCUGGACACUGACCUUGCCCUGCUCCACCCUGGGCCCCUGUGCGCAUGCUCCCAUGUGUGUGGAGGACGAUGGGGCCGCUCUCCAGGGUCCCUCAAGUCUGGCUCAUGGAGGUGGCUGGUUCCCAUUAACAGGGCUCUUGGAGGUGGUGGGGGCCACGGAGGUUGCAGAGUGGUCCGCUUUCUUCCUCCCCAGGGAUGCUGAGCUCGGAUCAUGGCCCUAAACCCAACCCAACCCCAGGGGGAG